AUGCCUUUCGAAACUAAACCUCGUGCGGACGUGUUCAAGAUUGAACAAACACCCGGAACAGACAACGUCUUUUACACUGAGAUCUUCGGGAGCGAUACAAAUGCAGACAUCAAAAACCCUCUGACCGCCGCUUAUCUGCGCAUCGAGAAAGGCCCGGCCAUAUCACCGCCCGUAUACGAUUUUGAAGAGGCGGGUAUUAUCCUUGAAGGUCAAAUCACCUUUGAGGACGAAACUGGCAGAAAAGAGACAUUGCGGCAGGGUGACAAGUUUUUGAUCCGCCGAGGCACCAAUUUGACUGUGUCUUCCCUCACCUAUGGCCUCAUUUUCAAAUUUGACGAUGUCUCCUCGUCUGUAUCAAUCUAUUAUAUCGAGCAAGAUCUUCUACCCAUUAUAACCAAUAUACACAGCAUCGCCGUGGCUUACGUAGUCGGUCAGGUUUUGGCGAUACGCAAAUUGCUGUAG